UGACGCAAGCCCUGCUCUCAGGCGGCUUGGGUACAAGCUUGGUGUUAGAGAAAAUUAGUAUCUAGAAAAUCAGUAACCAGACUGUUAACUUUCCCGCUCCCCUUGCCAAACAAAGCACAGAGCUUUGCAUGUCACAGGUGCUCAGCUCGUCAAUAUUUGACCAGAAUGGAAACAAGAUUUGAUUUGAAUGGAAACAAGAGCGCGCUGCACAAAACCUUCUGCCGGAGACGCGCACCACUGAUUUUUGGGGGGCCACCGCCUCCAUUGCCACACUAUAGGAGUCUGACUCCACAGAGGGCCACAGAGCACCUGCAGCGGCUUGGCAAUGGCUUUGAAUGAGGCCAGAGGAAACUGCCUGGCCUUGAGGGUCGUGUGAGACUGAGGACUGGAGAGAGGCCUGUCCUGAAAAGAUGGGAAAGAUGGUCUUCACUCUGGUGGACGAUGUACGGACCUCUCUGGGUGCAGGGUGGGCAAGCUGACCCCUUGAGGGUCCCUUUAGCCCUAGGAUUCCGUUAUUCCCGGGAAUAGAUGACUCACGCUCAGCACCAUGGGCAUUUAGCCAAGCAUCUCCUCCCAUGCAUCUCAGCAUCCCAGGUGGGCCUCCUCCUCAGUUACACGGCUUUGGACAGUCACUCAACCUCACUCCACCUCAGUCGUCUCACCUGCCAAGUCAAGGGGCCGGCUGACACAAUCCACCCAUGUCCCUUCCACCGCUAAAAGACUAGUUAAUGUUAUUACUGAGACAUUAAGAUCAAACAAGGGAGAAGAAAAAAGCAUUCUGCUUCUGACACUGCUUCUGUCCAGUCUGUAAGUAGGAGCUCUGGUCAGAGCAGGAAACGGAUAAAAAGAAAGACACAUGGCACUGCCCUAGCCCACCUCCUCUGCUGCAAAAGCCUCCGUGUGAGUGGCUGGGCCUUUGAAAAGGCAAGGGAGGUGGUCCUGGCCAUGAACGGCUUGCUCCUAAAAAGCGAGGGUGUGAGGCAUCCCCAACCAGUUUCAGGUGCUCUUGUGACCUGGAGCUUUCUCACCGGGCCUCCCGGGCCUCAGUUUCAUCAUCCAUAAAAUGGGGAGAAUACGGACGGCUCUGAACUUGCACGCUUCGAACUCACCUCUGGAGCCAAGCGCUAAGCCCAGCAGAGAGGCACUAGGUCCCAGUGAUUGUUUCCACUGUGUGUCCAACAGAUGAACUUGGGCUCGGUUACACAAACUGUGAAUGGAGUCAGAUUCAAGCUUCCAGGUUCAUCUGGCUCCGAAGGAGCAACAGAAACCAUCCAGAAGACCCACUCGACCAUGUCUCUGUGGCUACCUUUCCGAGGCAGAUGGAAGUUGGGGCGGAAGAACUCAUUGCGGGGCUCCUCACAGCUCUCCAAGCAAGACUAUGAGUCCCUGAGGGAAAGGUGCCUGAUGGAAGGCCACCUCUUUGAAGAUGAGAGUUUUCCAGCCAGUCUGCGCUCGGUGGGCAGCGGGCCCCUGCUGCGGAAGCUGCCACCUGGCCUACAAUGGAAGAGGCCUCCGGAGUUACACCGCAAUCCCCAGUUCUAUUCUGCCAAUGCCAAAAGGCUGGACCUGUGCCAGGGAGUGGUAGGAGACUGCUGGUUCUUGGCUGCUUUGCAAGCUCUGACUUUGCACCAGGACAUCUUGAGCCGUGUUGUUCCCCUGAAUCAGAAUUUCACUGAGAAGUAUGCUGGCAUCUUCCAGUUCUGGUUCUGGCACUUUGGGAAGUGGGUGCCAGUGGUGAUAGAUGACCGACUCCCUGUGAAUGCAGCUGGCCAGCUGGUGUUUGUCUCUUCCACCUACAAAAACUUGUUCUGGGGAGCUCUUCUGGAAAAGGCUUAUGCCAAGCUCUCUGGCUCCUAUGAAGACUUGCAGCGUGGGCAGGUGUCUGAAGCGCUCGUGGACUUCACUGGAGGGGUGACAAUGACCUUCAAUCUAGCAGAAGCCCCUGGCAACCUCUGGGACAUCCUAACCCGAGCCACCUACAACAGAACGCUCAUUGGCUGCCAGACCCACUCAGGGAUGGAGAGGGUGCUGGAGAAUGGGCUGGUGGGAGGCCAUGCCUAUACCCUCACAGGAAUCAGGAAGGUGACCUGCAAACAUGGACCAGAAUAUCUAGUCAGGCUGCGGAACCCUUGGGGCAAAGUGGAAUGGAAAGGAGACUGGAGUGACAGCUCAAGUACGUGGGAGCUACUGAGCCCCAAGGAGAAGAUUCUGCUGCUGAGGAAGAGUGAUGAUGGCGAGUUCUGGAUGACUCUGAAGGACUUUAAAGCACAUUUCAUGCUUCUGGUCAUCUGUAAACUGACCCCAGGCCUGCUGAGUCAUGAGGUGGGCCAGAAGUGGGCCUGCACCCUGCGGGAGGGGAAGUGGGAGAAGGGGAGCACGGCCGGUGGCCGGAUGAAGUCGCCCCGAGACACAUUCUGGAAGAACCCGCAGUUUCUGCUGUCCAUCUGGAGCCCACAGGAGGACAGGAGAUUCCUGAUGCCCUGCAGCGUGCUGGUGUCCCUGCUCCAGAAGCCAAGGCACCGGCACCGGAACCGGAAGCCUCACCUCGCCAUCGGCUUCUACCUCUUUAGGUUGAGCAAGUACUAUGGUGACCCAAGGAAACUUCCUCCUGAGUUCUUCUGGGAAAAUGGCCCCCUCAGCUGGCCCGAAGCAUUUCUCACAGAGAGAGAAGUGAGUCAGGAACUACAGCUGGUGUCAGGGACGUAUGUUAUUGUGCCCUGCACGUCUGAGGCCGGCCAGGAGUCGGAGUUUCUCCUGAGAGUCUUCUCCAGGAAGCACAUCUUUCAUGAAAUUGGCUGUGACGCCAGUGCUGUUUUCUCUAAGGAAAUAGUGGACCAAAAUGAAGGGCAGGAUGAAUUCUUCACUAAACUCUUUGAGAAGUAUCCAGAAAUAAAUGCAGUGCAGCUGCAGAAGAUCCUGAACCACAUGACCUGGCCAAGUCUGGGGAGCGCCCGGCCUCUCUUCAGCCUGGACGCCUGCCAGGGGAUCCUGGCCCUGCUGGACCUUAAUGCUUCCGGCACUGUGAGCAUUCAGGAGUUCAGAGACCUGUGGAAGCAGCUGAUGCUCUAUCAGGAGGUUUUCCACAAGCACGACAGCCACCGGUUGGGAUACCUGAACAGGACUCAGCUGCGGGCGGCCAUGAGGGACGCAGGGAUCGUGCUCAGUGACGACAUCUGCCAGCUGAUGCUUGUCCGCUACGGCGGCCCCCGCCUCCAGAUGGACUUUGUCAGCUUCGUCCACCUAAUGCUGCGUGCGGAGAGCAUGGAGGGUGCCUUCCAGAACUUAACCCAAGAUGGCAAAGGGAUAUACCUCCAGAAGCCAGAGUGGCUGAUGAUGACUCUGUACUCCUGAGAAGGCUGGGGCCCUGUCUGUCUUCGCUGAGGACUUUGCAUACAGCUCAGAGGUGGCUUUUGGCGGACACCAGUCCACAUGCAACCCAUUUACAGUUCUUCAGGACCACGUCUCCAGUCAUCAUCUUCUCAGAGGGGAAGAUUUCUUUUCUGCAGACCUCUCUUUUGGAUAGGCAGUGUGCAAAAAGGGAAAGGAGUUAGCAGAGAUUGCUUUGGACUUGUAAAGACCAAUGGCCAUUCUCAGGCCACAACCUUUUCACAAGCAAAGAUAUUACCUGAUGUGACCUAAGCAAACUGAUUCCAGGGUUGGUGUCUCAAUCUUUAACAAUCCUUCCUUCAUGACCGUCCAGCUUCAGUGACCUCAGCCGAAUGUUAUCCCAUUUGGGGCAGUAGUCUAGGUUUCAAGACCCGAGGAGAGACUAAUAUGCCCUUAAAAAACUGCGCCAGCUUCUAGAAAUCGAUAGAGGCCUAGGCUAGAUUUCAACCGUGUGGAGGUGGGGUGAGGCUCUAGUGAGCUUUCGAGAACAUGGAAAAUGAGAGGAUUGGCGGGGUCCAGGUGGGUUGGGCCAGCUCUGACCUUUGAGGGCACUGGACGGUCUUCUGCUCCAGGAUCUCCAGGUGGUUGAAAUUGGGGCGGGAACCAUUGGAUUUGUAACACUUGAGUUCUCCAAGGGCUUCCUGCAUAUAAUAGAUGCCAGUCUGUUUACUUGACCUCUGGACUAUCAGAUCCAUUUCAGAUCAGUCCCCAAAGCCUCCGUGUGCCUACUUUAAAGAAGAGCAACCUGUCCGUGCUGUAGUAUAAAGCUGAGUAGUGGAUGGUUAGUGUCUCUGAUUUUUUGAACUACCAUGCUGCCGCAUCUUCACAGCAUCCCUUCCAGCCCCAGAGCCUGGAGGAAAACCAGAAUAAAGUCCAUCUUCCAAAGUCCAUAUAUUUUACUCACAGCUUAGUGACUCAGGGCCAUUUGUUAAAAUUCUAUUUACUCUUGAUUUCCAAACUGUUCUAAUAGACAUGACUGUCUGGUUUCCAAGCCCAUAAAAGACUCAGGGAGGAAGCUGAAUGAUGGGAUAAAAGGGUGUCUGUUGGCAGAACCAAAGGAAACUUGACAGUCCGAUAAGUGGGCACUGAAGAAGGAGCAAACACUUUCUAAGCACGGCUUAGGGAAGUCAAAAAGUAUUUCACUUAGAGAAAACUUUGUUGAUUCCAAAUGAUGAAAUGUAAAAUGGUUUUCCAUGAAGUUCCAGGUACAUGAGAUAUUACUGAUUGUAUAAAUGAUGAUCAUGUAUCAUAGCCAGGAUUUUUAUGUUUAUUUAUUUGUCAGUAUCUCUGUCCUUAGAUUCUGUCA